CCACUCUGUAAAAAAACACUCGCAAUAAGCAUUUGCAAAGUUCUUUGAUAUUUAUUAGCGCAUUAUCGCGGCAUAAGGUCGUUUGAUAUAUUAAAAUUAUUUCACGUUGCAAGUAUUUUCCCCGUCUUUGUCUCUCUUUGCCAUUGUUUCAUUUUUUUUUCUCUUUUUGUUUCUUGUAUUCUAACAGAAUACAAUUCUAACAUUUCUAACAAUUCUAACAUCUCUAGGAAAACUGAUGACAUGCUAUAUAUACCUUAAUAAUUACUGUUGUAUUUUCUUAUUGCGGGAAAGGAAACAAUUACGUAACGUAAUGCAUAGUAUGUUUCAAGUUGUUAAAAUACGCGUAUGCAUACUGAAAAAUUUUACGUCAAUGCGUCAGCAAUUUAAACCCCGAAGUAAAACGGAAUCAUAACGCAAAGUAAAAUAUUUAACAUAUUAACAUAUUAAAUACGUUGAAUUACUGUGCGAGUUUUCUAAUUGCCUCAAUUUUUCAUUGCAGAUUUUUUAUUUUCAUAAAUUAUACGUUGUGCUUGUAUUUCCAAACAAUUCCUAAUUUUAAUUGUCACAAAGGCUCAUGCGGCAAUAUAUGAUAAACGUGUUUUCGUGAGAAACGAAACUACAAGAGCGAGGAUAACAUAAAAGAAUUUUUUCCUGUUAUGAAUGCGAAAUGUUCGGUACUACAGUGUAUGAAAAGAAUUCCUGUGGUUUGAAGGCAAUGUAUUGUAUAUAUCUCAGGACUUGUAUCGUGCAAAUUUAUCGCGAAGCGUGCAGCUGAAAAAAUUAUGAGCUUGGCAAUAAGCUUGGUGUUCGUGAAAUGAAAUAUGGACUCGAUAAUGACUCAAUGUUGCGCGUGUAAUAACAUCAAGGUUUAGAUUUCAAUUGCGAGAACAUUAGAUGUGUAUUUUACGAGCGAGUCUGCCUCGGAAAAUUAACUUCGUUUUACUUCGAGUACAUGGCAGUAGUAUUCGAUUUCCGAUGAAGUGUUUUCGUUAUCUUCCGCGGUUUGAAUUGUCAAGUGAAGAUCGAAAAUCAGAGGAUCUACAUUGGCCAUGAGAGCGCCGUCAGAUGAUCAGUUGUCUUCCGGCGAAUCACCAGGACGACGAAGAACGACGAAGCGAGACGCUUGCUUGUCAGCACGACGUAGGUUUGUCGCGUGUCAGCGAGUUUCCGUUUAUACCGAGGCUCCAUGCGAACGAGUAGUCGCGGCGCUGAGACGCGCGUUCACGUCUCCCGGGAACCCGAAAUCGCUUCAGCCGUGGAUCACGCGGGCGAAGCCGGUCAAGCAGCGGUCACUAAACACCGGAAGUCUCGGCGCAAGAAAUCAAAGAACGCCGCCGGCGAUACUAAAGUGAAAGGAAUGACGAAUACAUCCACCGAAUUCCGAAAAGAGAUAAACAAGUCUUUCGUUUUGCCGACAACACCGUCGUACUCGAUGACAACAAUACAAAAUCAGACUAGCUCAACUACAGCUAUGCGACCUCGAUCUCUCUACACCGCACACAAUUAUCAUCCUCAACCCGAAGAUUCAAAUUUUCAACGAUAUGGUGAGUUGUCUAAAUACUUUGAGCCGCCGGCGGAUCAAUGGAGUAGUCUGGGUGGCACAGCGACUUCGGCGUAUUCGGGAUCGGCAGCGGCGGCGAUUUGGCGACAGGCCAGGAAGUCGAUCUCGGGCGGGCCUUACUAUGCGACGGAGGAGGCUUCCAUCUACACAGAGAACUGGAGGGAGCAUGACGCCGCGGACGCCAGUAUAGGCGGCGUCGUUGCAACCCCCCACGGCACCAUAUCUUUGCGACUGCACAACAGAAUACGCGUAGACAUGACCAUCGACCGUGCCGUUAGAGUCAUCAAUUUCAAGAAUAACAUAGUUCUAUCGUUGAGCGGCCGUGGAGCAGAAACCGCCUUGCUGCACCCGAAUGGUAGGAUAUAUCAGUACGGAUCACGAGUGGAGAUCGUCGCGCACGACACGCAUGGCAACAAUAAGUACGCGAAAAUGUGGUACAAGGGAGUCAGCUUCACGUCGGAACAAUGCGCGCUCGUCUAUCUAGUGGACACGGCUGGCACCAGAACCACCACGGAUUCUUUUUCAGACAUGAGCCAGGACUACUCACUCAACGUUUUCUACGCGGGCUCCCGCCAUGGACCGGCGUGGUUGCAGGAAGCCGCGGCGCAUCUCAGUACGGCUGAAUACUGGCAGACUGAGGAGGGUGUUGAAAAUUGGAUUAUUAACAACGUCAGAGUGUCCCAAACUCCAGAUGGUCUCGUUAGGAUUGCGCGAAACAGCAACAAAUAUCAGCUGCGUACAUCGCCCAGCAACGGUACAGCAUCCCUGACGACUCCCUUUCUGCAUUGCACCGCUUCUUUGGGUCAAACGUCGCAUCUAUUUGUACGUCGUGGCGAGCGUCGCAUGCACUACGACGGCACUAGUUUCAUCGUGAGAAAUGCAGGACACAGCGCCGGCUUCGACGAUAAUAACCAAUUGAAGGUGUACUAGAAGACAGCCUCACGGACAUAUAAUCGCUGAGGUUCCUU